CUCAUCCCUGGUAGUUGUCAGCUGAUGUGUCACCUGUCAAAUAUAUUGAAAAUAAUAAUGUUUUGUUUAUAAAAAACAAAUUCUCCAGUUGAUUCUAAUAAUUACAAGAAUAUAUAUUACUAAUGAUUGGAGAAAUGAUGGAAACUUUUAACAUUGUAAAUCACAGCUUUACUAAUAAUAAACAACUUUCAUCAACAAUUGUUCAACAAGACGAAAAAAAUGUUUAUCAUCUAAAAACGCAAAUUCCAAGAAAACGAACAAAUGCACAAAAACAAAAAGAUUAUCGAGAAAGAAAGAAAAUCAAACUCAAAGCACUUUUGGAACAAAAUAAAAGUGAAAAAGAAAUUUUUGAUAAAACAAAACAAAAGAUAAAUAAUAAUAAAAAUAUCGAAGAAGUUUCAUGUGAAAUGUCAUUUUUUGAAGAGAAUAAAAUAAAAAUAGAGCCACAUGUGAAAAUUGAAAUGACAGAUGAGAUAAUUUUUCAAGAAAAUAAUUUAGUUGAAAAUUAUUUUCAAAAUGAUAGAAUAAAACAGGAAAAAAUUGUGAUUAAAGAAAAUGCAAAUGAAAUUUUAAAUAAUAAUUUAACAAAACAAUUUUCAUUAGGAAUUGUUCAACAAGUUUUGAUAAAACAAAAAAAAUUUAAAUCAAAUGCAGAAAAACAAAAAGCUUAUCGUGAGAGAAAGAAAAUUAAACUUAAUAAUGCCAUUUUAGAACAAAGUAAAAGUGAAAAUUUCCCAAUAAAUCAAGAAAUAAAUGAUAAGAAUUUAAUUAAUUCAAAUGAAGAAAAUAAUUUACAAUUUUCUACAAUAAAACAAGAAAUAAAUGAUAAAAAUUUAAUUAAUUCAUGUGUAAAUGAAAAUAAAAAAAAAUCUUUUAGUGAAGAAAAUAAUUUUCAAUUUGUUACAGUAAAACAAGAAAUAGAAGAAUUAAAUGACACAGAAGAAUUAUUUAUUCAUGAAAAUAAUUUUUCAACUAAUAAAAUAAAACAAGAGCCAAAUAAUGAAUUAGGUGAAGAAAAUAUUUUCAAUUAUAAUUUAACUGAACAUUUUCAAUUGUUAACAAAUCAAGAAACAUGUCAGGAAUCAAUAAUUGAUUAUAGAAGACCAAUGUCAAAUGCAGAAAAACAAAAAGCAUACAGAGAGAGAAAAAAAUGGAAACUCAAAACAUUGUCCGAGAUAAAUAAUUGUAAUAGUGAUAAAAUAAAUCAAGAGAUAAUUGAAAAUGAAGAAUUUAAUUUAAAUACUCAAUCUUCGUCUGUCUUAAUACAGAAAAAGGGGACAAAUUUUAUUAGAAAGAAAAAAUCUUUAAAAUGGCAAAACAAUGCUGAGAAACAAAGAGCUUAUCGAAGGAGAAAAAAAUUGAAACUUCAAGCAUUACGCAAAGAAAAAGAAUUAACAAAACAGGAAAAAGAAGAGAAAGAUCAAAUUAGAAAAUUAAAACAACGUGAAAAACAAAAACGAUAUCGGGAAAAACAAAAAAUAUUAAAAUCUAAACAAGAGGGAUUUAUUGUCAUAAAGUUAACUUAAAAAGUGUUUUUUUUUUUUAAUAAUUAGUUCCAGAAAAUUUGUGUAAUUGUAAAUAUAUUAAUCAUUUAAAUAAAUGAUUUUAAAUUUU